AUGGGACAGACGGUAACGACUCCACUCAGUCUGACGUUAGAUCAUUGGACCGAAGUGACAGCGAGGGCACACAAUUUGUCAGUAGAAGUUAAGAAGGGGCUAUGGCAGACUUUCUGUACCUCCGAGUGGCCCACUCUUAAUGUAGGGUGGCCCCCGGAGGGGACUUUUGACCUCUCCACUUUACUUGCAGUAAAAGCUGUUGUUUUUCAGAGUUCGUCUCAAGGACAUCCGGAUCAGCAACCCUAUAUUGUGGUCUGGCAGGAGUUAGUGGAAAAUCCACCACCCUGGGUAAAGCCCUGGGUGCAAAAGAAAAUGAGCUCUCGAGUCUUAGUGGCCCAGGCCCAACCUCAGAGCAAGGAAAAAGAGACUACCAAAAUUCACCCGGACACUCAAGAUUUACUUAUGGUUGAUGAUCCCCCUCCCUACCCUCCUGCCCCAGCCCCAGCUCCUCCAGCCCUGGCUCCCCCAGCCCCGGCGCCCUCAGCCCCGGCACCUCCGGCCCAGGUGCCCCCAGCCCCAGCGCCCCCACUGCCCCUAGCUUCAGGCACCGGGGCAAUGGGACCGCUUCCAGGACCGGCCCACGGAACUCGACGCCGCCGAGGGGCCGCAAUGGACCCACCGGGUAUAUUUCCCUUCCGGUCUUAUGGGGCCCCCAUCCUCGGAGAGGAAGAGGACACGCCUUUCCAACCUCUGCAAUAUUGGCCUUUCUCCUCUGCUGAUUUAUACAACUGGAAAGCUAACCACCCUCCUUUUUCAGAAGAACCACAGAAACUAACUGGACUGAUAGAGUCCCUAAUGUUUUCUCACCAGCCCACUUGGGAUGACUGUCAGCAGCUUUUACAGGUGCUCUUCACCACGGAAGAAAGAGAAAGGAUCCUCCUGGAAGCACAAAAGAACGUGCCUGGAGCUGACGGACGACCAUCACAACUCCCUCAUGAUAUAGAAAGGGGGUUCCCACUGACCAGACCCAACUGGAACUUUAAUUCUCCAGAAGGUAGGGAGCGACUAACCAUCUAUCGCCAGGCUCUGGUGGCGGGUCUUCGCGGGGCCGCGAGGCGCCCCACCAAUUUGGCCAAGGUAAGAGAGGUCAGUCAGGGAGCCACUGAGGCGCCUGCAGUGUUCUUAGAACGCCUGAUGGAAGCCUUCAGGCAGUAUACUCCCUUUGACACCACUUCCGAGGAACACAGUGCCUCAGUGGCUCUUGCUUUUAUUGGGCAAUCAGCACCCGAUAUUAGAAAGAAGCUUCAGAGAUUGGAAGGCUUACAAGAUUUGUCGCUGAGAGAUUUAGUGAAAGAAGCUGAGAAAGUUUAUCAUAAGAGAGAGACUGAGGAAGAAAAGGAAUUGAGGAAGGAGAAGGAAAGAGAAAGUAAAGAGGAAAAAAGGGAUAGGAAACAUGAGAAAAAUUUAACAAGGAUCUUGGCUGCAGUGGUAGAAGGCAAGGGACGCCCGCCCUCUAGCGGCAGAACUAGUAAGGCAGGGCACCUGGGCAACCGGCCUCCUUUGGAUAAAGAUCAAUGUGCAUAUUGCAAGGAAAAAGGGCACUGGGUAAAAGAAUGCCCUAAAAAGCCACUUAAAAAGCCUCCGAAGAAGGCGUUGUCCCUGCUGGAAGACGAGGAUUAGGGAAGACGGGGCUCAGAGCCCCUCCCCGAGCCCAGGGUAACUCUGAAAGUGGAGGGGCAACCCGUUGAAUUCCUGGUAGACACCGGUGCUCAACAUUCUGUAUUGACUCAGGCAAAGGGCCCCCUCUCUGAUAAAAAAUCUUGGGUGAUUGGUGCUACGGGCCAGAAACAAUAUGUGUGGACUACCCGGAGAACAGUGGAUUUAGGAGUAGGACGAGUAAACCACUCGUUCCUUGUUAUACCGGAAUGCCCCACACCCCUGUUAGGAAGAGACAUCUUAACCAAAGCGGGGGCCCAAAUAUCCUUUCAAGCCGGGGAACCUCUGGUGACCAAUCAAGAGAAUAAACCUUUGAGCUUAAGCGUCCUGACUAUAAGAUUAGAAGAUGAAUACCGUCUUUUUAAGGAGCCGGAGCCCUCCAAAAUAAGUCAGGAGUGGUUUGGCCGGUUCCCAGGAGCCUGGGCGGAAAUGGCUGGCAUGGGGCUCGCCAAGAACCAGCCCCCUGUAGUCAUAGAACUAAAAGCUUCAGCCUUACUAACUGUGAGACAAUAUCCAAUGAGUAAAGAAGCCAGGGAUGGAAUUAGGCCACAUAUCCAGAAGCUUAUGGAACAGGGGAUAUUAGUAAGAUGUCAAUCCCCAUGGAACACCCCCUUGCUGCCUGUAAAAAAGGCAGGAAUGGGAGACUACCGACCAGUACAAGAUUUAAGAGAAGUUAACAAAAGGACACAGGACAUUCACCCCACCGUGCCAAAUCCUUAUAACCUACUAAGCUCCCUGGCCCCGGAAAACACCUGGUAUUCAGUUUUAGAUUUAAAAGAUGCUUUCUUUUGUCUGCGCUUGCACCAGAGCAGCCAACCGCUGUUUGCUUUUGAAUGGAAAGAUCCCUCCACAGGAACUACUAGACAAUUGACCUGGACUCGUUUGCCACAAGGAUUUACGAACUCGCCCACCCUCUUCGAUGAGGCUCUACAUCAAGAUUUGGCUUUCUACCGAGCUUCUAACCCACAGGUAACUUUGUUACAGUAUGUUGAUGACUUAUUGAUAGCCACCCCUACUCAGAGAACCUGCCAAAAGGCCACUGGAGCCCUUUUGGCUGAGCUUGCCAAAUUGGGGUACAGGGUAUCUGCUAAGAAGGCACAGAUCUGCCAGCAACAAGUGACUUAUUUGGGAUACUCCCUGAGAAAUGGGAAAAGGUGGCUUACUGAAGCCCGAAAGCAGACUGUGAUGCAGAUUCCGGUUCCCACUACUGCACGCCAGGUUCGCGAGUUUCUGGGGACAGCAGGGUUUUGUAGACUAUGGAUACCCGGAUAUGCUUCUUUGGCAGCCCCUCUGUAUCCCCUCACUAAAGGAGCAGCCCCGUUUGUUUGGGGAUCUGAACAACAACAGGCCUUUGAUGAUAUCAAAAAGGCCCUCCCCUCGGCACCCGCUCUGGCAUUGCCAGACAUAACUAAGCCAUUUAUCCUUUUUGUGGAUGAACGGAACGGAGUCGCUCGAGGAGUAUUGACCCAACAAUGGGGACCUUGGAAGAGACCUGUCGCCUAUUUGCCUAAAAAAUUAGACCCCGUGAGUAGUGGAUGGCCCACUUGUUUGAGAGUAGUGGCAGCUGUGGCCCUCUUAGUUAAAGAUUCUGACAAGCUAACGCUGGGACAAAAACUCACUGUGGUUGCUCCUCAUGCACUGGAAAGCAUAAUUCGAGAACCACCCGAAAGAUGGAUGUCGAAUGCUAGAAUGACUCACUAUCAAACCUUACUCCUGAAUCGUGAUCGUGUGGAAUUUGCCCCGCCUGCCAUCCUAAACCCGGCUACUCUGCUCCCCGAUGUGGGAAAAGAAGUGCUUCAUACCUGCCAGGAAAUCCUGGCUGAGGAGACGGGGACCCGUCGGGACUUACGAGAUCAGCCCUUAGAAGGACCGGGACUCCUGACCUGGUACACAGAAGGGAGCAGUUACAUCAUGGGAGGUAAGAGGAUGGCAGGAGCUGCAGUAGUAGAUGAUGACCGAAUUGUGUGGGCCAGCGGACUCCCAACGGGCACUUCUGCACAGCGGGCAGAGCUCGUUGCCCUGACCCAGGCUUUAAAGAUGGCAGAAGGUAAGAAACUUAACGUCUAUACUGACAGCCGUUACGCUUUUGCCACUGCUCAUAUACAGGAGGCUAUAUAUAGACAGAGAGGGCUACUGACUUCUGCCGGGAAAGAUGUUAAGAAUAAACAAGAAAUCUUAGAUCUGUUAGAAGCCAUCCAUAGACCUAGAGAAGUAGCAAUAAUACAUUGUCCUGGGCAUCAAAAAAGUGACUCUCCAAUAGCUCAAGGAAACAGAAGGGCGGACCAAGCUGCAAAACAAGCAGCCCAGGGAACGAACAUCUUACCCCUCCAGGUGUACCCAGAAGCCACAUGUAGUAAGAACUUUCAGUAUACCCCCGAGGAUCUUGCUCAGAUGGACAAGUUGGGGAUCCAAAAAUCCCCACCCCUUGGAAUGUAUAAGUCAGAAGAUGGGAAAAUUAUCCUGCCCCAGAAAAAGGCAGGAGAAUACUUAAGGCAAUUACAUCAGUUGACACAUUUGGGGGCCAAUAACCUAAAAACCCUGGUUCGAGAUUCCCCUUAUCAUGUCAUUGGUUUGGGAAAAUUGGCAGACGAGGUUGUAAGAAAUUGUGUUCCUUGCCAAUUAGUAAAUGUGAACAAACAUCAAGUAAUAUGCGGAAAGAGACUUCGAGGGGAUCGGCCAGGAGCCUACUGGGAAGUUGACUUCACUGAAAUUAAGCCUGCUAAGUAUGGAUAUAAAUACCUCCUAGUUUUCCUAGACACCUUUUCAGGAUGGGCAGAGGCGUUCCCCACCAAAACUGAGACAGCUCAGAUGGUGUCCAAGAAGAUCCUUGAAGAAAUAUUUCCCAGGUUCGGGAUCCCAAAGGUAAUCGGCACUGACAACGGUCCUGCCUUUGUUGCCCAGGUAAGUCAGGGAUUGGCCAAGAUCCUGGGGACAGAUUGGAAAUUACACUGUGCAUAUAGACCCCAGAGCUCAGGACAGGUAGAAAGGAUGAAUAGAACUUUAAAAGAGACCCUGACUAAAUUAUCCAUAGAGACUGGUUUAUGUGAUUGGUUAGUCCUCCUUCCUUUCGCCUUAUUUCGAGUCAGGAACACCCCCAGCCGUUUUAAACUAACACCUUUUGAAAUAAUGUUUAGAGCUCCAGCUCCGCUAAAUGCAACUCUCCUCCAUACAUCCUCUGAAUGUGUGACUAAUAAGUUUCUGCUUGAAAGGUUACGGGCUCUGGAAGCUGUGCAGAAAGAAGUGUGAGCCUCUAUCCGAGAAGUCUAUCGGCCAGAGGACAUCUCAGUACCUCAUCAAUUCCAAGUGGGAGACUCUGUCUACGUGAGACGACACCGAACGGGAAAUCUUGAGCCCCGGUGGAAAGGACCCUUCAUUGUUCUUUUGACUACUCCCACAGCUGUGAAAGUAGAUGGCAUCUCCUCCUGGGUCCACGCUUCACAUCUGAAGAGAGCGCCUCAACCAGGCCCGGAUUGGCGAGUAAUUCGAACUAAUAACCCCCUUAAACUUCGUUUGUGUAAGAAUGAUUGUGUCACUGAUGAUUCUGAUGCUCCUGCCACUUCCAACUCUCCAGAACCCCAAUUCCCAUGA